AUGCGUGACAUUAUCGUCUUCUCUGGGUCCUCCAACCCAGAGCUCACAGACCGGAUCUGCCGCAAUCUUGGCCUGCCGCCGGGACAGGUGGAGCUCAAGAAGUUUGCCAACGGCGAGACGUCUGUGCACUUUGGCGACUCCGUGCGGGAGAAGGACGUUUUCAUUGUCCAGUCGGGCGCAGGCCACGUUAACGACCUUUUUAUGCAGCUGCUGAUCAUGAUUUCCGCGUGCAAGAUGGCCUCCGCCAAGCGAAUCACCGUCGUGUGUCCGCUCUUCUUCUACUCGCGCCAGGUCGAGUCCCAGGCCAGCAAACGGGGUGUUCCAGGAGGAGCCCAGCACAGAGGGUCGAAAGUGCCCGACAGCGUGCCGCCGUCACCGAAACUGCCGUCGCGGGCCAGUGUCCGCGACCCGAGCCCGAAAAACGUGCUCAGCCAGCGCGCCAUCAGCACCAGCUCGUCGCUCAAGACGCUGCACACCAACGAGGCCUCGAUCGCCAAUCCGACAGGGUACCGGUCCUGGAUCGCCCAGAGCGGCACGCUGAUCGCGAACCUGCUCACCUCGGCAGGCGCCAACCAUAUCAUCACCAUGGACCUGCACGACGCCCAGUUCCAGGGCUUUUUCGACAUCCCCGUGGACAACUUGCUGUCCAAGCCCGGACGCGCUGUGCAUGCCGUUCGCCCUGAUCCACAAAGAGCGCCGGCAGAAGGUCGACACUGCGCAGAUGCAAUCGGAGCUCAUGGUGCACUCGAACCCGUCCACGUCGAGUCUCAACAGCGUCAGCUUCGCCACGCCAGGGUUCCCCGGCCGCCGCUCGCCGUCCAGCGCGCCCAAUGGCCAGCCCGCGGCCGACCAGCAGUACGUUGCCACCACGAUGCUGGUCGGAGACGUCCACGACAAAGUCUGUGUGGUGGUGGACGACCUGGCAGACACGUCCAACACGAUCACGCGCGCGGCCAGCCUGCUCAAAGACCAGGGCGCCAAGUACGUGUAUGCGCUGAUCACGCACGGCAUCUUCAGCGGCGACGCGAUGCGCAAGCUCAAAGAGUCGCAGAUCGACAAGAUCAUCACCACCAACUCGGUGGACCAGGCCGCACACGUGGCCGAGCUGGACGCCAAGGAGAUGGUCAUCCUGGACGUGUCGCGGAUCCUGUCCGAGGCGAUCCGCAGAAUAAAUAA